CCCCUUUUUUGUGCUGAGUGAUGUGAUGUUGGAAGUGACAAAAAACGGCAGUGCUCUUUAGUCUUCACCGUUUUUCCUUAAUCGAACUUAAUUAUUAACUAGUAACCUACUAACACGGUAGUAAUUAGCCCAAUAUAGUAAUUUACUAUACAGUGCCAGUAGUAGCGAGUGGAGUGUGAUGUGAGUAGUGCUUUGAUCGGAUUAGUUGACGUUCGCCGUCGUGGAUGCGUAGUUGAUUUCGCUUUCUCUCGUCCGUUGUUAUAAAAGUGUUUACGAAGAACACUAAGAAGCAAUUUUAAAUUAAAAUGAGUGAUCAGCAGUCAGAAGACCAACGGCCGCUACGUGGAGUACAAGCACUAAAAGAACACAUCAUUCUCAACAAGAUCGACACGGCACUGUGGGCCUCCCGCGUGCUAACCAUCAUCUUCUCCAUUGGCUACAUCAUUCCAAUUUUUGGAAAUCCCACCAAUGCCUACUACAAAGUAUUAAUGGCAAAUGCUGCCACAAGUGCACUUCGACUCCAUCAGCGCAUGCCGCGUUUUCAGUUCUCCCGGGACUACUUGCAGAAGCUGCUAUUGGAAGACUCCUGCCACUACCUGCUAUACUCGCUCAUAUUCCUGUACGCCUAUCCGGUGCUGCUGAUCAUCUUCCCGGUGACGCUUUUUGCGGUGCUGCAUUCUGCUAGUUAUUCGCUGACGCUGCUCGACACACUCGGCCAAAAUUCGUGGUGGGGCGCACGGCUAUUGAUAUCACUGGUGGAAUUUCAGACCAGAAAUAUCCUUCGACUGGCCGCAUUUGCUGAAAUCUUCAUAAUGCCCCUGGCCGUUGUUCUAGUAUUUCUGGGAAAAGCCGGUAUUAUGACUCCAUUGGUUUACUACCAGUUCUUGGUGCUCCGUUACUCAUCUCGCCGCAAUCCAUACACGAGAAACGUAUUUUACGAGCUGCGUUUGGUUACGGAGAAUUUCGCCAACGGUGCACGCACGCCAGCAGCCGUGCGCAAGGUGCUUCAAGGCAGCAUUAGCUUUAUCAGUCGGUUAGCGCCUCCCAUGCAACAACAACAGCAGCAGUAAAUCCGCGCGAACGGCGUUUUAAGGGAAGUCGAUAGUUAAAUAUUUUUUCACAAAUAGACAACAAACAACAAUCAUUGCAAAAGACCAUUCGCACCACACCCAUCAUCAAUCACAUCUUUCCUUGAUGUGGAUUUGGAGGCAUUUUCACCUUUUAGGGGCAAGCAUGCUAGGUUGAAGAUAGACAGCUACGAAGAAGUUGAGGUACGACGGCGGAGUUGUGCGAUAUUUUCUCACAAUACCAUAACAAUUAUUACGUAGGAUAUGGGAGACUUCAAUAUAAGUUUAAUUAACAUUUUCUUUUUGUUGCUAUAUCCCAUCGCCAAGGAUUGAGCGAUAAGAUCAAAUACCGUGGACCCCCGAUAAUUUGAACGGUACCUCUUUCAAAUUAACGGGGUUUAUUUUUAAUUUGAACUUCUGGUUACUCUAUUUGCAUCAGAAAACUGGUUUCUGGCUGCUCUCUUUGCUGGUUUGUUUUGAUUCUGCAUUCCGUUUCACGAUGUUCCAUUUUUCUUUUCUCGAUUCCACGUGUUAAAUGACGUUUGAACCAUUUUUAAUUUGAACGAUGUUCAAACGAACGGGGUUCAAAUUAAAAAGUGUUCAGAUUAAAAGCGGUCAUAUUACCGGGGGUCCAUGGUACAUUCUUAGGGACAAGAAGACGAUCAUUUACAACUGCUACUCAAUUGUAUAUUUUAUUGAACCCCAAAAAUCACGAGAGUAAAGUUUAGUAACAUAGCGUUUCAUGUUUUAUUGAAGGGCGGUAGAUUAUCUGUUUCACAUCCAUAGGAGAAAAAUGUCAAAAUGUGUGGUUUAAAGGGCAAUAUAUGUUAACAGAGUGACAAAUUUCCUAUA